CCUGCUAUGCUUUGCUGGAACAUUCGGUUAUGCUGAUAGUGAAUCCAGGUGAACUCUUGACAUGCAGAGCUGAAGAAAUAACAACACAAAUGAAAAAAAUGUAAAUCAGCAUAAUAGGAGGCCAAACUGCAUUCAUAUUAAGGUCUUUUUAGUACAUUUGGAAGUAUCUAUCAUUCCCUGAAAUGGACUGCAGCAGAUGUCUACAUAUGCAGAUUGGUAGAUGAGGGCAAUCAUUACGUGUGGAAAUCCAAUUAAACAUUUUAUUUUGAAAAUGAAGAGCAUCACUCCAGCUCCUGAACCUUUAGAGAUUACAUUGGAUAUGCAGAGUUUUAUGACUUCAUCAGAAUACAAUACUACCAUAGAUUUGAAGGAAAUGAAGACCAUCACCAUCAUUUUCUAUAGCAUCACAUUUAUUUUGGGAAUGUUUGGAAACAGUACCAUCAUCUGGGUCACGGGCUUUAAGAUGAAAAAAACAAUGAGCACUGUGUGGUUCCUGAACCUAGCUGUUGCAGAUCUUAUAUUUGUCUUCACUCUUCCUUGGAAUAUAAUUUACAGAAUAAUGGACUUACAAUGGCCCUUUGGGAAAUAUUUUUGUAAAUUUAAUAUUGCUGCCCUAUAUCUUCACAUAUUUGUCAGCAAUUUCCUCAUUGCUGUUGUAAGCAUUGAUCAGUUCUGCAUUGUUGCCUACCCUCUUUGGUCACGCAAUCACAGGACAGUGAUGACAGCCACAGUUGUGGCCUUGAUUUCUUGGGCCAGUGCUGUCUGCCUUUGCUUACCUUACUUUAUUUUCGCUGAAACAUAUACAAAUAUGACAAAAUGUCAGACAAAUUUCUUAUUUGAUGAAGAUUAUGAAAAACACAAUACAGAAGUUCUCUUGAUGAAAAGGACCAAUGCAUUCUUUGCAUUAAGACUGCUGUGCAGUUUUAUUAUUCCAUUUUCCACUAUUGUUACUUGCUAUAUAACAAUCAUAUGGAAACUGAGAAGGAAUUAUAUUACACAAUAUAGUAAACCUUUUAAGGUUUUUCUUGCAGUGAUUGCAGUUUUUGUAAUUUGCUGGUUUCCCUAUUAUAUUGUUGAUGUAAUAGAUGUAAUAUAUAAAAAUUCUGUAAACAAGGAUUACUACUUAGAAAAAGCCAUUGACUAUGGGCGCCCACUUGCAGAUGGUCUUGUAUAUUUUAAUAGUUGCAUCAACACAAUGAUGUACCUCUGCAUGAGUCAAGGUAUUAGAGAAAUAUGUAGAAAACCAAUCUGGUUAAUACUGAAAAAAGUCUUUAGUGAUGACUUUCUCUUUUCUACUGUGAGCAGAUCAUAUUCAGCAUCUGGAACUUGCCAGUAUACAGUAUGUUGAUAUAGAUGUUUGAACUGCCAGUAAUUCAAACUAAAUUAAUCUAUAUGACUGCAUACUCAAGUAUGUAGAUAAUAUUGCAGAGAGUAUUGCAUAAAAAUGACAAUUGUUUUCCUUUGGAAUUCAUCACAACUUUCUCAUUUAGUAAUUUUCAGUACCAUUACUCCAUAAAUUGAACGGUAGCAGUAGAAUUGUACCACACAAAUCCAGGAAUACACUAAAGACCCUAGCAUGAGCCAUAUGACAUGUGCUAGAAAGCUCCUUCCAGCACAAAAUGCAUGAUUGCAAUUCAGAAACAUACUAGCCUUGACAAGGUCAGACCUCAAUAUUGGUUAAUUUGCAUGUUUCUUGAAUAGCAGGUAGUACCACGGUAUGCAGAUCAUGGCUGAUAUGCACAUCACAGUAGUACUCUGCUACUCAUUUAGGCAGUGGAAUCCCCCUCCAAUUAUUCUCUUGCACACAUGUACACAAUCAUGUACACACCCACACACACACACACACACACACACACACACACACACACACACACACACACACAUACACACACUGCACUCUAUUUUCCUGUCCCUACCUUCCUGUGGUCACCCCUCACCCCAAAAUAUGUUAGUGCCUUUAUGGUACAUAUCACUUAGGCCAUGGUAGUCAAGUGGUUCAUGCCACCUCAGUUCUUGUACUAUAGGGGUGCCAUUUAGGCACUUAAGAGUGUAAGUCCAAGUGGCUGGUUGUUUACUCUCUGCAACCCCCAUCAUGCUGUAUGUGCCUCAAGGCUAUUGCUUACUCCCCAUCCCCCAUAGUAACAUUGGUACCAGUAUGGCUACUGCAAUGUGGUGGGGGAUUGCCACACUGAUCUUCAUGGGCAAGAGUUAUUUUGAUCCACUUGGCCAUGUGGAUGGCUUCCUUGGGGCUGUUCUAGGAAGAAACCACAUGGCUUAU